AAAUUUUGGCCUAGAGAGACAUGGGAGUGGUGAUUAUCGACGGAUCCACCGUUCGAAACUUCGUGAAUGACGAAGAUCUGUUCAACAACGCAAUAGAGGAGAGCUUCGCGAAGCUGGACCUCAACGACGACGGCGUUCUGUCGCGGUCUGAGCUGCGGAAGGCGUUCGAGUCGCUCCGUCUCAUAGAGACUCACUUCGGCGCCGAUGUCGCCACGCCGCCGGAGGAGCUAACCACGCUCUAUGACUCGAUUUUUGAGAAGUUCGAUGCAGACCACAGCGGGAGCAUCGACCGCGCCGAGUUCAAGAGCGAGGCGAAGAAGAUCAUGCUGGCCAUAGCCGACGGCCUCGGCUCGGCUCCGAUUCAGAUGGUGCUUGAUGAGAGUGAGGGUGAUAGGAACUUGCUUCAGCAAGCCGCGGACAAAGAAGCUUCUCAGAUCUCUGGUUGAGACCCGGCCCACUGCCAACUCCGGAUUCAGGUCAUUGUAAAUCCCUAAAUAACUACGCUUGUAAAUUCAGCCAAAUAACUUCUUGUACUCGGUAAUAUGAAGUCAAGUUUGAAUGUUUGAUUAUCAAUGCUGAAAGGAUUAUCUGUUAGAGCACAAAUUUGAUUAAGGUUACUCUUAGGCAUAUAUUCUGCCAACUAGUUUGAUGAUUUCUUCAUAGAUUCAUAGAGAAAAGCAUCAUGUAUGUUCAAAAUAGUGGAUUUAAGUUGUUAUAUGGAACUAAUUCAAGG